AAACCCAAAAAAAAAAACCAGAACUAGUCCUAUUUACCCUCUGUUUCCUAAACAGAGACCCCAUUGAAAAAAGCAAACAAAAUACCCAACCCCAUCAUUCAAUCUCUUCAUUCUUCACCAAUUCACUUAUUUUCUUCCCACCGCUUUCUCUCUCCUCCUCUCUAUUUCUUCACCCAAAACAAAAAUCAACUAAAAUUACUUACUUACAACAACAACAACAACAAUGGAAGAAGGGGUUUUAAUGGAAGCUUUACCACCAGACGAUCUACGAUGCAAAAGAACCGACGGUCGUGAUUGGCGCUGCAAACACUCUGUUGUACCCGGCAAAACUUUCUGUCUCUCUCAUCUUCACCGCGGCCAAAAACGUCGCGUUUCAUCUUCUCCAACUCCUAAACCCGACCCUAAACCCGACACUAAACCCAAACUUCGGAUCCGCAUCCGGGUCAAACCCGAACCUGUCGACGACGUUGUUUUGAACCUACCGAACCUAAACCCAGACGUGGGUUCUCUUCCUCCGGAUAAUUUACGGUGUAAUAGAAACGAUGGGAGGAGUUGGCGGUGUAAGAAGUGGGCUUUAGAUGGGCUUAAUCUUUGUGAAGUUCAUUUGAAAAAGGCCAAGGCCCAAAAUCAGAGGAAGCCCAUAAUGAGGAGGAAGAAGAAGGAGGAGAAGGAGAAGGAGGAGGAGAGAGAAAAUGUGGUGGUUAUGGAGAAUGUGCAGCAGUGUGGGAGGAAUAAUGGUAAAGAUUGGAGGUGUAAGAAGAAAGUAAUUGAAGGUAGUUUAUUUUGUGAAAUUCAUGUCAAAAAAAAACCUAAGGAGAAAAAAAAGAGUAAUGUGGGUGGUGGAGAUUUGGUGGUGGGUGUUGCUGAGGAUGAGAGUGUGCGGUGUACUCGUAACGACGGCCGAGAUUGGCGGUGUAAGAAGAGGGUUGUGGAAGGGGAGAGUCUCUGUGAGGCUCAUCUUAAUAGGAUUAGAAUUCGGGAUUCGACGAAAAAGAACAAGAGAGCUAAGAAGAAUGAUGAUAAUGAGGUGGUGAUCAAGGUUGAGAAGGUGGAGGAAGAGGUGGUGGUGGAGAAGGAGAAAUUGAAGCGAGGGGCGGAGGCGAUGGCAAUGGAGGAGGAGAAGGAGAAUGUGAAGCGAGGGGCGGAGGCGAAGGAGGAGGAAGAUGAGAGGUGUAAGAGAACAGAUGGGAGGGGGUGGAGGUGUAAAAAGAGGGUAAUGGAAGGGAAGACAUUGUGUGAGAUACAUUAUGAGCAAGGGAGGUUAAGGCAGAAGAGGAUAACAGUACCAGAAGAAUUGAAGAUACAAAGAGGGGAAGGAGUGGAGAAAGUUGAGAAGAGGAUGAAGAAGAAAAGGGAGUUGGAGAUUUUGGAGAAUAAUUCUGAUAAAGGUAUGAAGAGAAUGAAGGCUGAGUUGAUUAGGGUGUUUUUAAGGAGGGAGAUCAUGGAGAGUACCAAAAAGAGCGAAAAACGAGUUAAUGAUUCAGGGGAAGUUACUAAGGAUUUGCCUUUUGGGUCUAUGGCAAUCCCUCCUGCUCCCCCUGCACAGUUUCUUGACAAUGCUGCUUCUUUGGGGAUCAAAAUUGGGGCUCCACAUUGUUCUAACCCUCUGGUUACAAGGCGUUUUCGGUCUAAGAACAUUGAGCCAACUCCUAUUAGCUCUUUGAAGGUUGUGCCUUAUCCUGGAAAUGUUGAGAAAGUAAGGAGUAGUGCAAGGAAGAAGUGUCAUUGGUGUAGGAAGGGUGAUAGUAUGUGUAUAAUUAUCAAGUGUUCGAGCUGCAGAAAGCGGUAUUUUUGUUCAAAUUGCAUUAAAGAAAGGUCUGCUGAUCCUGAAGAAGUUAAAUUGAGAUGCCCAGUUUGUUGUGGAAGUUGCGAUUGCAAGACCUGUCGCAGUGCUCAAUCUAAAAUCGGGGCUGUCAAGGAAAUCUUGAAAGAAAAAUUUAAGCGAAGCAAAUUCCAACAUUUGCAGUACUUGAUCAAUUUCCUUCUUCCUGUUCUUGUACAAAUCAACCAGGAGCAGAGCAUUGAGGUGGAGAAAGAGGCAAAAUUUAAAGGGCAGAAUCCCUCUGAUGUUGAGAUUCGGCAAGCUGAUGUUGGCUGCAGGGAUCAAUGCUGCUGCAAUAACUGCAAAAGACCGAUAUUGGAUUUUCACAGAAGCUGCCCAAAUUGUUCAUACAACCUUUGCUUAAGUUGCUGUCGAGAAUACUCUCAAGGCGGGUCUCUUGGGAGUACCUACCCUAACAGAACGAAAACACCUCUUCCCCUGAAAAAGUGCUCAGAGAAGAGUGAGGACCUUGCUUCUUCUGCACCUUUGUGGGAUUCAACAGCUUGUCUCCAUAUAUCUUGUCCACCUAUGGAGCUUGGUGGUUGUGAUAAUAGUCUCCUUGAUUUGAGAUGUAUUUUCCCAUUGAAUUGGACCAAGGAAUUGGAAAUUAGUGCAAAAGAAACAGUUUCUGAACACAACUUUUUACAGUAUACAGAUGAUUCUGUGCAUUGUUCAGUCUGCACCAGCAUCUCUCAGGAUGGCAAUAGAAGUAAAGAAUUGCAAGAAGCUUCUGGACGGAAAGAGUCCCAUGACAACUUCCUCUACUGCCCUAGUACUUGUGAUGAUCACGACUGUCUACUUGCUCACUUCCAGAAGCAUUGGCAAAAGGGACAUCCUAUAAAGGUCCGUGAUGUGCUCAAGUGUGUAUCGGCCUUGAGUUGGGACCCGAUAGCUAUGUUUUGUGGUUAUCUAGAACAUGGCUUUAGUACUUGUAAAAACUUGAAAGAUGCCACUGAAGCUGCAAGUAGCUCAGACUCGUGUGAUAUUGAAAUCGGUACUAAAGAGUCAUUCAUCGGAUCCAUAGAGGAAGGAUAUAUGCGAAUACGUCGGGAGACACUUAAAGUGAAGGCAAAGAUUUCCCUAGAUUUUUCCCGGAAACUUUUGGAAGGUUUUUUUAGUGAAAUUUUUCAAGCGCUACCACUUAAAGAAUACACGAACCCUAGAAUGGGACUCCUAAAUAUCGCUGGGAAGCUGCCAGAGGAUUUUCCAGGUUCUAAACUUGGUCCACAUGUAUGCAUCUCGUUUGGGAGCAGAGAGGAAGUUGCACGGGGUGAAUUGGUGACUAAACUGUGUUUCAACUCUUUUGAUGUGGUGAGCAUCUUAGUACAUGCUGGUGAUGUACAAUGUUCCACAGAGCAGAUGAAUAAGAUUAAGAAGUUAAUAAAAAGGAACAGUAACGUAAAGGAUAAGGAAGUUCAGGCUUCUGGGAAGGAUCUGGAAGAUGAGACGAGAAUACAUAGUGAAAUUUCUGCUGAAGCAGGAGACCAGCAUAGAGUAGCUGGUACUUCUUGUUGUUCAGCAGCCACAAAUAAUGCUUCUACCAUCAAUAGUCUCAGGGAUGAUAAAUCUUCACCUGCCAAGCUAGUUAACAGCUCUGAUACUGAUUCUGAUGCUUCAAUGAUUUGCUCCAGGCCUAGUAUUAGUCCCGACAAAUCAGUAGAUCAACUUCCUCGCCUAAAUCAUUUGGAGAAUCUCAAUAUUACAGAUAAGCGUCCUUCUUCAGAGCCUUAUGGAGCUCAGUGGGAUGUCUUCCGCCGACAAGACAUCCCGAAGCUCCUAAACUACAUUACAAACCAUAUAGAUGAAUUAAGUUGCAGUAAUGGCGUCUUAAAUAACGUUGCUCAUCCAAUUUUCGAUGGAAGUUUCUAUCUUGAUGCAGCUCACAAAAUGCGGCUUAAAGAGGAGUUUGAGAUUGAACCUUGGACAUUCAAUCAAUGCCUUGGAGAAGCUGUGUUUAUUCCUGCUGGAUGUCCAUAUCAAAUAAAAUAUGUGAAGUCCUGUGUCAACAUCGCCUUGGGAUUCAUCUCACCUGAAAAUGCAUCAGAGUGCAUCAAGUUGAUAAAUGAAAUCCGAGUUCUCCCUAAUAAUCACAAGGCAAAACAAGUGAAGUUAGAGGUGGAGAAGAUGACAAUAUGCAGCGUAGAUGAAGCAAUUAAGGAAAUAUACAGAUUGAAGAGUGAAGAAGGAAAUCACUGAUGCCAAUCACAAAUAAGUUACAACUGGCUGAGAAAGCAAGGGGAUGUUUGUAGGUUUUCUUUUUGGUUUCUUGUUCUUGCCCUCCCCCCCUUUUUGUGUAGUAGGAGACUAGGAGUAGGAUUCAGUUAUAAUAGGCUAUUGAUCCAAUGAUCAAACCCUUAGCACCCUGUUAGUCGAGGCAUUGCGGAGGGCGAGUGUACUCCCGUAACUUGCAUUUGGUGUCUGUGCUAUUGGUUCUAUUAAAAUUCUUAAAUGACUGCUUAAGCAGGAUGUAUCAUUCUUCCUAUAUUGUAAAUAAUUUCUAGGUGUUCA